AUGGCUGACGAGCACAAUCCCAAUGGCGCCUACAGCGAGGUCUUCGAGGAGGGAAAAGAUGCAGGUCAGGCACAGACCAUCCAUCGCAUCCGUGCCAAUUCCAGUAUUAUGCAGUUGAAGAAGAUUCUCGUGGCCAAUCGAGGAGAAAUUCCUAUCCGUAUCUUCCGUACAGCUCACGAGCUCUCUUUGCAGACGGUCGCGGUUUUCAGUUAUGAGGACAGACUUAGCAUGCAUAGGCAGAAAGCCGACGAAGCCUACGUUAUUGGAAAGCGCGGUCAAUAUACACCUGUUGGAGCCUACUUGGCCGGUGAUGAGAUUAUCAAGAUUGCUCUGCAACAUGGCGUACAAAUGAUCCAUCCUGGUUAUGGUUUCCUGUCAGAAAACGCAGGAUUUGCUAAGAACGUUGAGAAGGCUGGUCUCAUCUUCGUCGGUCCAUCUCCCGAAGUCAUCGACGCCCUAGGUGAUAAAGUCUCUGCGAGAGCUAUUGCUAUCAAGGCUGGUGUCCCAGUCGUCCCAGGUACCGAAGGUGCCGUAGAGAAAUUCGAAGAUGUCAAGAAAUUCACCGACGAAUAUGGAUUCCCAAUCAUCAUCAAGGCAGCAUAUGGAGGUGGUGGACGUGGUAUGCGUGUCGUCCGCGAGCAAGAAACCUUGAAAGAUUCCUUCGAGCGAGCUACCUCCGAAGCCAAGUCUGCCUUUGGUAACGGCACAGUCUUCGUCGAACGUUUCUUGGACAAGCCAAAGCAUAUUGAAGUCCAGCUUCUGGGUGACAAUCACGGAAACGUCGUUCACUUGUACGAGCGUGACUGCUCCGUCCAACGAAGACAUCAAAAGGUCGUCGAAUUGGCUCCCGCCAAGGAUCUUCCCCCUGAGACCAGAGAUUCUCUGCUCUCUGAUGCAGUGAAGCUUGCCAAGUCUGUCAACUACCGCAAUGCUGGAACAGCGGAAUUCUUGGUUGAUCAACAGAACCGAUACUACUUUAUCGAGAUCAACCCUCGUAUUCAGGUCGAGCACACAAUUACCGAGGAGAUCACUGGCAUUGAUCUUAUUGCUGCUCAGAUCCAAAUUGCAGCUGGUGCUACUUUGGCUCAGCUUGGACUGACCCAGGACCGCAUUUCUACGAGAGGAUUUGCUAUUCAGUGCCGUAUCACCACGGAAGAUCCAUCCAAGGGAUUCUCCCCAGAUACUGGAAAGAUUGAGGUUUACCGAUCCGCUGGUGGUAACGGUGUCCGCCUUGAUGGUGGUAAUGGAUUCGCUGGUGCGAUCAUCACCCCCCACUACGAUUCCAUGCUCGUCAAGUGUACCUGCCAUGGCUCCACAUACGAGAUUGCUCGGAGGAAGAUGCUUCGUGCUCUCGUCGAAUUCCGUAUUCGUGGUGUCAAGACCAACAUUCCUUUCUUAGCCUCAUUACUCACACACCCUACCUUUAUUGAGGGAAAUUGCUGGACGACCUUCAUCGAUGAUACCCCUGAGCUGUUCGAUCUUGUCGGCAGUCAAAACCGUGCUCAAAAAUUGUUGGCCUACUUGGGAGACGUUGCUGUGAAUGGCAGCAGCAUCAAGGGACAGAUUGGAGAACCCAAGUUCAAGGGUGACAUCAUCAUGCCAGAAUUGUUCGACAAUGAUGGAAAGAAGAUCGACACAACGGAGCCUUGCAAGAAAGGCUGGAGAAACAUCAUUGUCGAGGAGGGACCAGAGGCAUUUGCCAAGGCCGUCCGAGCGAAUAAGGGAUGCCUUCUCAUGGACACUACAUGGCGUGAUGCUCAUCAAUCGUUGUUGGCCACCCGUGUUCGAACAGUUGAUCUGUUGAACAUUGCAAAGGAGACCAGCCACGCAUACAGCAAUCUCUACAGUCUUGAAUGCUGGGGAGGAGCAACUUUCGAUGUUGCCAUGCGUUUCCUCUAUGAGGAUCCUUGGGACAGACUCCGAAAGAUGCGCAAAUUGGUUCCAAACAUUCCCUUCCAAAUGUUGCUCCGUGGUGCCAACGGUGUUGCGUACUCUUCUCUCCCAGAUAACGCUAUUUACCACUUCUGUGAGCAGGCCAAGAAGCACGGUGUUGAUAUUUUCAGAGUGUUCGAUGCCUUGAACGACAUUGACCAACUCGAGGUUGGUAUCAAGGCUGUUCACAAGGCUGGAGGUGUAGUUGAGGGUACAGUGUGCUAUAGUGGAGAUAUGCUUAACCCCAAGAAGAAGUACAACCUACCAUACUACUUGGAGCUCGUCGACAAGCUUGUGGCCAUGAAGAUCCACAUCUUGGGCGUCAAAGAUAUGGCGGGUGUUCUCAAGCCUAAAGCAGCGACUCUCUUGAUCGGAGCAAUCCGGAAGAAGUACCCAGAUUUGCCGAUUCACGUUCACACGCACGACUCGGCUGGCACCGGUGUUGCGUCCAUGGUGGCUUGCGCCCAAGCAGGUGCCGACGCUGUGGAUACUGCUACUGACAGUUUGUCUGGCAUGACUUCUCAACCAAGUGUGGGUGCUGUCCUUGCUUCAUUGGAAGGCAGUGAUCUCGACCCUGGUCUCAAUGUUCACCACGUCCGAGCCAUUGAUACCUACUGGGCUCAACUCCGUCUCCUGUACUCGCCAUUUGAGGCAGGUCUAAAUGGACCCGACCCCGAUGUCUACGAGCACGAGAUUCCAGGUGGUCAAUUGACCAACAUGAUGUUCCAAGCCUCUCAACUUGGUCUUGGUGCUCAAUGGGCAGAGACCAAGAAGGCUUACGAGCAAGCCAAUGAUCUGCUUGGUGAUGUCGUCAAGGUUACUCCUACUUCCAAGGUCGUUGGUGAUUUGGCUCAAUUCAUGGUUUCCAACAAGCUCAGCUUUGACGAUGUUCAAAAGCGUGCUUCCGAGCUUGAUUUCCCAGGCUCAGUCCUUGACUUCUUUGAGGGCCUUAUGGGUCAGCCAUACGGUGGAUUUCCUGAGCCAUUGAGAACCAAUGCUCUCCGUGGUCGCCGCAAGCUCGACAAGCGCCCUGGUCUUGUCUUGGAACCACUUGAUCUGGCUCAGAUCAAGAGGGAUAUCUACAAGAAGUAUGGUAGUGUCACCGAGUGUGAUGUUGCCAGCUAUGCUAUGUAUCCCAAGGUCUUUGAGGAUUACCGAAAAUUUAUCCAGAAGUAUGGUGAUCUGAGUGUGCUCCCAACCAGAUACUUCUUGUCUCGACCUGAAAUUGGAGAGGAGUUCCACGUUGAGCUUGAGAAGGGUAAGGUUCUGAUCUUGAAGCUUCUUGCUGUUGGUCCUCUUUCGGAUACCACUGGCCAGAGAGAGGUCUUCUACGAGAUGAACGGUGAAGUUCGACAAGUCACAGUUGAUGAUAUCAAGGCUGCUGUUGAGAAUACCAGCAGACCUAAGGCCGAUCCUGGAGACAGCAGCCAAGUCGGUGCACCAAUGGCCGGUGUUGUUGUUGAGCUUCGAGUCAAGGAGGGUGGUGAGGUUAAGAAGGGUGACCCACUUGCUGUUCUCAGCGCCAUGAAGAUGGAAAUGGUCAUCUCAGCACCCCAUGCUGGUAAAGUGGGUAAUGUCCAGAUCAAGGAAGGUGACUCUGUUGCUGGUUCCGAUCUCAUCUGUAAGAUUGUCAAGCCAGGAGAGUAA